GGAGCGGGGCUCCAGAUGCGGACAGUAAUUUCAGCGCGAGUUUCCAGGGGACCGGAAGUGCUGGAUACCUGGGGUGGGAUUUGGAGGCUGCACCCGGAAGUGGGUAUUUUGAGGAGAAGAAUGUCCGGUGAAGUAGAAACUGCUCCAAACUACGAGGAAAUGUUUGCUCAUCGAUUCACUGCAGCUGAUGAUGAGUAUCAGGCGAUGGUGAAGUGUCCAGCUGACCCACCCCCGAUUGUAGAUGACUGGAGGGUCCGAGCUGGGGGUAACCACAGAAUGUCCGGUGAAGUAGAAACUGCUCCAAACUACGAGGAAAUGUUUGCUCAUCGAUUCACUGCAGCUGAUGAUGAGUAUCAGGCGAUGGUGAAGUGUCCAGCUGACCCACCCCCGAUUGUAGAUGACUGGAGGGUCCGAGCUGGGGGUAACCACAGAAUGUCCGGUGAAGUAGAAACUGCUCCAAACUACGAGGAAAUGUUUGCUCAUCGAUUCACUGCAGCUGAUGAUGAGUAUCAGGCGAUGGUGAAGUGUCCAGCUGACCCACCCCCGAUUGUAGAUGACUGGAGGGUCCGAGCUGGGGGUAACCACAGAAUGACCGGUGAAGCAGAAACUGCUCCAAACUACGAGGAAAUGUUUGCUCAUCGAUUUACUGCAGCUGAUGAAGAGUAUCAGGCGAUGGUGAAGUGUCCAGCUGACCCACCCCCGAUUGUAGAGGACUGGAGGGUCCGAGCUGGGGGUAACCACAGGUCGCAAGACUAUCGACCAUACAAAGGACGAGAUGACAGUCGCAAUUGGUCCUAUAACCGCCAGUGGCACGGGAGAGGCCGUGGCUACAAUCAGUCUCCAGUUCAUCACCAGGGGCCAUACGAAUCUUACAGUCAAGGCUCCAAUUCGCACUGGCAAUCCAACCACCAUCGCUACUGAUACAGAGCCACAAUCCAAUCACUCAAUCAUUCAGCUGCAUAAAGCACCACAAUAACUAACGUCAGACAAGGAAGUGGAUUCUAAUUUUAAAGAGGGCUCCUUGUCAUCAGUUUUCUUGCCAUUAGUUAGUUUGGUAGUUUGUUGG